AUGGUCCAGCCCGUGGGUAUCCUAUUGGUUUCCAUCUGCCUGCUUCACAGUCUGUUCAGUCUUCAAGAGGAAGAUUAUUAUGCACCAACUAUGGAUUCUGUCAUUAGUAAGCCAGAGAUAGAAGAUGGUGAAUGUGUCUUUCCAUUCUGGUAUAGAAAUGAAAUAUUCUAUGACUGCGUCACUUUCAAUGCAAAACACAAGUGGUGUUCUUUGAACAAGACUUUUCAAGGUUACUGGAAGUACUGUUCUCUCUCAGACUAUGCUCAAUGUGCCUUUCCCUUCUGGUUCAGACGCAUGAUCUACUGGGAUUGCACAGAGGAUGGGGAAGUGUUUGGAAAAAAGUGGUGUUCACUCACUCCAAAUUUCAACAAAGACCACAUUUGGAAAUAUUGUAUGUAAGGGUGAGAUUGACUAGAUGAAGAUGAGGAGGAGGAGGAGGAAGAGGAAGAGGAGAACUGGGGGGGAAAUACUGAGUUUCCUUGGAGAGUAUCCCUCUUUCUUUUGGUCAGGAGAGGAAGAGGUGGAAUCUUGAUUUCAAGCUUUUGUUCAAAUUUAAAUUUUCUUUUUCUAGGAUGUGAGAUGAUGAUGCUCUGACUGUAGAUGACUUCAGGUUUAAAUGAUGGAUUAUGGUAUUUUAUGGAGAGUUAUUGUUUAGCUUCCACAUUUUAUUUGCUAUGUAUAUAAAAUGAAGCUCUUAAAAAAAUACCAUGUCAGGUAGAAG